UCAGGAUGACACACAAAUACUGCUAAUCAACCCUCCUUUUCUUUCUCAGCCCUAAUUACCUCUCUCUCUCUCUCUCUCUCUCUCUCUCUCUCUUUAAAAUCCCUCACUUUUCUUUCAACACACUGUCACAGUAAACAAAUACAGAACAAAACAGAAUAUCAAAGAAAAAAAAAGGGAGAGUAAGAGGGAUCAAUAUCAUCGUCUUAGCCGCCGCCAUGGACCAGCAAUCCCAGCUCGCCGUCAUCUUAGGACCCGACCCCGCUCCAUUCGAAACCCUAAUCUCCCACUUGAUGUCCUCCUCCAACGAACAACGUUCUCACGCCGAGGCCUUAUUCAAUCUUUGCAAGCAAUCAGACCCAGACGCUCUCUGUCUCCGCCUCGCCCAUCUCCUCCAAGUCUGCGCCCAACCCGAGACUCGUGCCAUGGCCGCUAUUCUCCUCCGUAAGCUGUUGACCCGUGACGACUCCUAUAUCUGGCCUCGCCUCAACAGCUCUACCCAGUCCUCCCUCCAAGCGGUUCUUUUGUCUCAAAUCCAAGUCGAAAACACUAAAACUUUGUCUAAAAAGUUGUGCGAUACUGUUGCGGAGCUUGCUUCCAGUAUUUUGCCGGAGAAUGGGUGGCCGGAGCUCUUGCCGUUCAUGUUCCAAUGUGUCUCUUUGGAUUCCCCUAGAUUACAGGAGUCUGCUUUUUUGAUAUUUGCACAGCUGAGUCAGUAUAUUGGGGAUGUGUUGACUCCUUUUAUAAAGGAUCUACACGCUGUGUUCUUAAGGUGCUUGAGUGAAAGUUCUAGUGCCGAUGUAAAAAUCGCCGCCUUGAAUGCGGUCAUCAAUUUUAUUCAGUGUUUGACCAGCUCAUCCGAUCGGGAUAGAUUUCAGGAUCUUUUGCCAGCGAUGAUGAGGACCUUGACGGAGGCUUUGAAUAACGGGAAUGAGGCCACUGCCCAGGAGGCGCUGGAGUUGUUGAUUGAGUUGGCAGGGACGGAGCCCCGGUUUAUUAGGAGGCAGCUUGUUGAUGUGGUGGGGUCUAUGCUGCAGAUUGCGGAGGCGGAAUCACUUGAGGAAGGGACACGCCACUUAGCAAUUGAGUUUGUGAUUACCUUGGCAGAAGCAAGGGAACGUGCCCCUGGGAUGAUGAGGAAGUUGCCACAGUUUAUUAGUAGGCUAUUUGCAAUAUUGAUGAGAAUGUUGCUGGAUAUUGAGGAUGAUGUAGCAUGGCACACUGCUGAAAAUGAGGAUGAGGAUGCUGGAGAAACUAGCAAUUACAGUGUUGGACAGGAGUGUUUGGAUCGUUUGGCAAUUUCCUUGGGUGGAAAUACAAUUGUUCCUGUUGCAUCUGAGCAGUUGCCAUCUUAUUUGGCUGCUCCUGAGUGGCAAAGACACCAUGCUGCGUUGAUUGCCCUUGCUCAGAUUGCCGAGGGUUGUGCCAAGGUUAUGAUUAAGAAUUUGGAACAAGUGGUUUCUAUGGUCUUGAACUCCUUUCAUGAUUCCCACCCCCGUGUGAGGUGGGCAGCUAUUAAUGCAAUCGGGCAAUUGUCUACUGACUUGGGUCCAGAUUUGCAGAACCAAUAUCACCAAAGAGUAUUGCCAGCGUUAGCUGCUGCUAUGGAUGAUUUCCAAAAUCCGCGAGUACAGGCCCAUGCUUCUUCAGCUGUGCUCAACUUCAGUGAGAACUGCACUCCAGAAAUUUUAACACCUUACUUGGAUGGAAUAGUUAGCAAAUUGCUGGUGCUUUUACAGAAUGGGAAACAGAUGGUGCAAGAAGGUGCCUUGACUGCUUUGGCAUCAGUUGCUGACUCAUCUCAGGAGUACUUCCAAAAAUAUUAUGAUGCAGUUAUGCCUUACCUGAAAACUAUCUUGGUGAAUGCAACCGACAAAUCUACUCGUGUGCUUCGAGCGAAAUCCAUGGAAUGUAUUAGUCUUGUUGGAAUGGCUGUUGGAAAGGAGAAGUUCAGAGAUGAUGCUAAGCAGGUUAUGGAAGUGCUUAUGUCAUUGCAAGGAUCCCAAAUGGAAACAGAUGAUCCGACAACAAGUUACAUGCUGCAAGCAUGGGCGAGACUCUGCAAGUGCUUGGGACAAGACUUCCUCCCAUACAUGAGUGUUGUCAUGCCUCCCCUUCUUCAGUCUGCUCAACUUAAGCCAGAUGUAACUAUUACAUCUGCAGAUUCAGAUAAUGAUAUUGAGGACUCUGAUGAUGAAAGUAUGGAAACCAUUACACUAGGGGACAAAAGAAUUGGGAUCAAGACUAGUGUCCUGGAGGAAAAGGCUACAGCAUGUAACAUGCUUUGUUGCUACGCUGAUGAGUUGAAGGAAGGAUUUUUUCCAUGGAUUGAUCAGGUUGCCCCGACUCUAGUUCCUCUUCUUAAAUUUUAUUUCCACGAAGAAGUUAGAAAAGCUGCUGUUUCAGCCAUGCCAGAGUUGUUGCGUUCUGCAAAAUUGGCCAUUGAGAAGGGAAUGGCUCAAGGGCGUAACGAGACCUAUGUAAAGCAAUUGUCUGACUACAUUAUUCCGGCUCUAGUGGAGGCAUUACACAAGGAACCUGAUAUGGAAAUAUGCGCAAGCAUGUUAGAUGCAUUGAAUGAAUGCAUACAGAUCUGUGGUACCCUUCUUGAUGAAAGUCAGGUUAGAUCUAUUGUUGAUGAGAUAAAACAAUUAAUCACAGCUAGUGCGAGCAGAAAAAGAGAGAGAGCUGAAAGAGCCAAAGCUGAAGACUUUGAUGCUGAGGAGGGGGAGUUAAUUAAAGAGGAAAAUGAGCAAGAGGAAGAAGUCUUUGAUCAGGUGGGUGAAAUCUUGGGAACUUUGAUCAAAACAUUUAAAGCUUCUUUCUUGCCUUUCUUUGAUGAGCUAUCUUCAUAUCUUACACCUAUGUGGGGCAAAGAUAAGACAGCUGAAGAAAGAAGAAUUGCAAUUUGUAUUUUUGAUGAUGUUGCAGAGCAGUGUCAUGAGACAGCUCUAAAAUAUUAUGAAACAUAUCUUCCUUUCAUAUUGGAGGCUUCCAAUGAUGAGAACCCAGAUGUGCGGCAGGCAGCGGUAUAUGGUCUUGGUGUUUGUGCAGAAUUUGGUGGACCUGUAUUUAAGCCACUUGUUGGAGAGGCUCUAUCAAGGUUAAAUGCUGUAAUACGGCAUCCUAACGCUUUGCAACCCGAAAAUAUUAUGGCAUAUGAUAAUGCUGUUUCUGCUCUAGGAAAAAUAUGCCUGUUCCACCGCAACAGUAUUGAUGCAGCUCAGAUUGUUCCUGCAUGGUUAAACUGCUUGCCAAUAAAAGGUGAUCUGAUUGAAGCCAAAGUUGUUCAUGAACAACUUUGUUCAAUGGUGGAGAGGUCAGACAAUGAAGUUUUGGGUCCCAACCAACAGUAUCUUCCAAAGAUUGUUGCAGUAUUUGCCGAGGUUCUAUGUGGUAAGGAUCUAGCCACAGAACAAACUGCAAGUCGGAUGGUCAAUCUACUGAGGCAGCUUCAGCAGACUUUGCCACCAGCAACAUUAGCCUCAACUUGGUCAUCUUUGCAGCCACAGCAACAGCUUGCAUUGCAAUCCAUCCUCUCCUCAUAGCAUAUUGGCUUGACAGGUAACGUUCUGGUUUUGAACGAAUGCAAUGUCCUGUCUGUGUUGAAGCAUAUCUGUUGCCAAUUCUUUUCCCCAAGAAGGUUACGAGCGCUUGUUUUUGCAUGAUGUUUUACUCCAUGGCUACGAAGCUUUUGAUUGAGUGUGAAAAAGUCAUUAGUGCGGUUGAAAUGAAUCCUUUUUCCUUUUAGAAUGCGUCUAUUACAAAGUUUCUAUUUAUAAUAUGGGGGUAAUGUUUGGAAAAGAAGGGAGAUGUGGUUGGUGGUCUGUGAGCAUUUUUGUGGGUCAGUGCAUGGGGUAUGAGGGUUGUCAGUUGGGCAAUUCUUGUAGCAGUUUUGUCUGUGUUUUUGGUUUCAGUUUUACACACAAAAUUUCCCGAUUGUGAUCAUAUAUAUGGACUGAAAUUUUGAAUAGUUAUUCUUUCAUCAUGUUUGCAAUUUUGAUCAUAAAAAGCAAUAAAAUAAUGGAAGUUUUCUCGUGUGUACCUUUCCUUAUUUUUUUUAGUUGUGAAUUAUUGCGCUUCAAGCUU